AUGCAAUUGUCUUAUCUUUUCAGAUGACACCCUUUGCCCAUACUUCCUCAGGAAGCUUUUUCCUGUGAGGAAUUAGGUCUCCACGUAUUGUUGCAUUUAUGAGGAGAGGGAGCAGUGUUGCUGCUCGCUUUCAUAUAGAGCAGAUUUUCUCCGCGCAUGGCCGGUGUCUCUCCUGAGAGGUCUCUCGCAAAGGUCUCUCUCACAACACCCUGCAUCCUUCCCCCACUCUCUUUUAUCAUUCGAACAACGAUAACCACAGUGGGCUAUUAACAAAUGCUGUUUAUUUUCUACACUGUGAGCUACAGUCAUUGCUGGAAGUGGUCGUCGGCCCAUCUAAUGAACCCCCCGUCUAUUUUGCAUUCAAAGAAAAUCCAGUGUGUGGCAAUACCUUUUCACUCGCCGUGCUAGCAAACGAGGUCUUCAUGGUUUACUUAUUCACAGGUAUUCACCAAUGUGAAAAUGAAUGGUGGGAGGUUCUAAAACGACAUGGUCACCCAGAUUGAUUCUAGAUGGAGUCUUUGAAUGCGGUGGAGCUCCGUGAAUUGGGGGAUGGUAAAAGGCGAAUUACCCACGAGGCCUCAUCGCCGCAGCAGCCCUCGCGGUCAGGACCUCGGACAGCGACCAGUGGCAUUGAGAACGCCUCCUAUCAGGAUGAGGACACGGAGAUUAAGUUUCCUGCCGGCUCAAGACAACACGUCCACGAGUCUAUAUCUCACACCAGAGACCAACCAAAUUCCCAAAACCUCCAACGGGAUGAGCUCUCUCCAAGAUCUGACGAUGACCAAGAGAUGGAUUUUAAUGGAAAUACCGUGGACUAUGGAUUCGUUUCAGCUCUGGUGUUCCUGGUCGGUGGAAUUGUCCUGGUAGUGAUUGCUUACACCAUACCGAGAGAAGCUAAGGUCAACCCAGACAUGGUGACAGCACGUCAGAUGGAAAAACUAGAAAUGUACUAUGCACAGCUGGGUUCCCAUCUGGACAAGUGUAUAAUAGCAGGUCUUGGGCUGCUUACUCUAGGUGGGAUGCUUUUGUCAAUCAUGCUCAUGGUGUCAAUAUUUAAGGGUGAACUGUACCGCAGGAGGACUUUUGCCUUGUCUAGAAGACCCAGGAAAACAUACGGAUCUAUAAAUCUUCGAAUGAGGCAGUUGGAGGGUGAGGGGAGGGAGACUCUGGUUGAAUGUGAACCUAACACCUCAAACACUGCCCUGGCCAGUGAAGACGGUACUAACCAAGUGUCUGCUCCGACGAAAGAACAGUAGCACAAUGCCAGCAACAAUUGUUUAUCAAGGGUUAUUUCUUAACUGAGGUUGUUUUAAGACAAGCAAAUAAAGGUAAGACACAUUUCAGACAUGUCGUUUGAAAUAGUAGGUUACAGGGAUAACGGGUUAAAGAGAGUACAAUUUCCAAUCAAGAAUGUUACCACGACUUAAGAAAUAAAAUAGCAUUAGGAUUUAUUUGUUGAUGCAAAAAGCACAAUGGGAAACCACAGAAAGAAAUGUUGAAACAAAAACAAUAACGAUAUAACAUGCUGCAAACUAACAGCUAUCUGCUUCUCAACACUUGAAAUGUAUGUCUGUAUAAUCUUCUGUAUAUCAGAUUACUAAUGAAAUCAUGUAAGAUAUUUCAAUAUUAUGUAAGGUUGCCUUAAAAACACUGUCACUGUAAAUUGAAUUCACAAUGAAGUGGAAUAGUUGGCCUGCUUGUGAUUCAAGGAUUAUAGGACAGUUGCUGUAUAACUUGGAUGUGCACAUAGCAACAGAAUGAAAUACUUUCCGUACCUGUGAGCUAGUAUUAUUCAAUUCAUACAAGUAUAGGAAGUCAGUGUUUAUCUAAUUAUCCAAUAAUGUUAAAUAUUUAUUUGUGGGCAGAAGUCUUUACAUAAAUAGCAGGACCUGCUCUCCCAUCAGUCUUACUCACCUAUAGCAGAUAUGGGGAACCUGUGGUGAACUGGUACAAUAAUUAAUUAACCAAACAUAACAUACGGUUUCAAAUUAUAUCAAAGAAUGUAUAAGAUACUCAUAAUCAGAAGUGCAGAGUGCAACAAUAUUAACCAGGGGAGGUGACAGGAGAAAGAUUGUAGGACAGAAAUCUAUCCUGACAGUUCCGAGUUUUGACACAAACUUUGAUUUUUCAUCAUUGUCUUAUAUUUCCUUCAUUUAUCCUAAGGUUGUUUACAUGCAUAUUUUGCUACCAUCCAUUAAGUGCAUAUUUAAUGAAUGAGUGAAUGAGUAUGAAGCUAACUACUUCAGAGACUCUUUUGGCACACUAUCACCAUUAUGUGACCAUUUUCAGAGAGGUUAUUUCAGUACAUCUGUCUAAUCACUGAAGUUUGCUGUCAACAGCUGCUUAUCAAAACAGUAUUCAGUAUUUCAUCAAAACGCUUUGAGCUUGUCUAUUUGUAUUUGAUUUCCUUUACUGAGUGGUUCAUUUCAACUGUGUAGGUAUAAGUAUAAUGUUGCUUUAUUGCAAUGCAUUGUAACAGCUUGAUUUCAGUAUAUGCCAAGUAUAGAUCAUACACCAUAAUUUAGGGGUAGUGGGUCAGAGGAGCUGUUUUAUAGGACACCUCUAGACCUGACCUUUAUUUUCCUUUGAUUGUGUAUAACACACCUGAAGACAGAAUCUUGUAGCAGCAUCAGAAUAUUGUCCCAAAGAAAAAUACUAAAGAAAAGUAAUUGCAUGGACCUGAGAGAUAGAGAUUUGAAUUUUGGAAGAAACUACAAAUGCAGAUUUAUGCAAAAGAGAUACUGGGAAGAUCUGCAUGAGAGAAUAUGGGAUGACAACAUUCUGUUACACUUGGUUAAGGAAUGAGCUCAAGUUAAAAAGCACAUGACAUAACAAAAGCAGCACAUCUUUAAACUGAUUUUCAGCUGCAUCUCAUUGGCUUUUGCCUGACAUAAAAGAAAACAGCAGAGAAUUUAGUAGGAAAAGUAACAGCGAACAAAAUAUAGACCUGGCUAUAGCUCCUGAUUUAUAAGCAAAAAAUGUGCCGUGUUAAUCCACAGUAACCUGCUUAUGUACCAGCUAUUGUGCCUAUAGAUAUAUGUGUAUUCUGAAAAGCACCAUUUAUUGUGAAUUUGUUCAUCAAACUAAUAGUGAAUUGAAAAUGUUUGCCUUUCUUGUUUGUUAUUCAGCACUUAGAUCGCACUUCAAAUCACUUACAUUUUAGACCAGGGAUACAGUACCACGAUGGCAGCCAUCUGUGAGAUAGGGAGCUGUGUUUGAUCUUGCAUUAUUAUAUUCAAUAUGUUGGUAGUGUGGAUAUGUACAAUGUCUUGAUAUUUCCCAUGAUGUUUAUGACAUUAGUGAGAUGGAUUAUAGGUGAAUGGUGAAAAUGACAUCAUAUACAUAUGUUUACAGAUGUUUUGUGAUCAUAUUACAAACUACACUUCAUGUAUAUUAUUCACCAAUAUUUCUUGUCCUCUGGCCUCUACAUUAAUCUGCUUCUCAUGUUGUUGUUUUUGAGAUAGUCUUUCGUAAAGGUUCAGUGGAUUGACCAUUGCAAUGAAGUUGACGACUGUUCUUUAUAUUUAUUUGUACAAUAUAUUUAAUAAUUUAUUACAGAAAACGGGAUGCUUAACUGAUUGUUACUGAGAUGUUGAUUAAAAUGAACAAACUGAAUGUCCCCACAAGCUUGAAAAAUGAUAGAUGUUGUCUUUCUUUCUCAAUGCAAUACAAAGCUGAUACAGCAAUAUACCUUCUACACUCAAGGACCAUAUCAACACUGAUAGGAAUGUUUUGUCAUUUGGUUAUAUGUUAUCUUGUCAAAGGUCAGGAGAGAUUAAAAGCCAAUUAUUACAAA